CGCGGGGCUUGAUCCCAGGACUCUGAGAUCAUUACCUGAGGGGAAGGCAGAGGCUUAACCCACUGAACCACUCAGGCGCCCCGGCACUACUCUUUUUCUUACCGGGAAAGGACUCGCCCACGCUCCUGAAGCUGUGCCUCACAGAGCAAUGGCUCAAGCCCAGUUAACCCCUGCACGUUCCUUGUACAGACCCCAUCUCUAGAGAGAGGACAGUUCGUUGAAACAUCAGGCGUGGGGGGCGGGGUGCUCCACGCAAGAGGUGCAAAGGCAGAAGAACCAACGGCCACGGCCAUGCAGCCUGGUGGGUCGGACUCUGCCACCCAUUUGCUGUGUGACCUCAGCCUACUUGCCUUUACUCAGUCUCCACAGCUAUGGAGCAGACACACUGGCGUCCUGCCUGGCCAGCGGCAAAGGCAGCAGGCCUGGCGCUGCUGCUGCCCCCCACCACUCUGGCCGCCCUGGCAGACAGCUGGCUCCGAGAGGACUGCCCGGGUCCCAACCACACAGCUCUGGUCACGGGGGCGGCCCCCUCGCAGGCGGUCCUGUGGGCCAAGUCCCCCGGGGUACUGGCUGGAAGGCCCUUCUUUGAUGCCAUCUUUGCCCGAGUCAACUGCCAGGUCUCCUGGUUCCUCCCCGAAGGCUCAAAGCUGGUGCCCGUGGCCAGGGUGGCUGAGGUCCGGGGCCCCGCCCACUGCCUGCUGCUGGGGGAGCGGGUGGCCUUGAACACGCUGGCCCGCUGCAGUGGGGUGGCCAGCGCCGCCGCUGCCGCAGUGGAGGCCGCCAGGGAGGCGGGCUGGGCCGGGCACGUGGCGGGCACGAGGAAGACCACGCCUGGCUUCCGGAUGGUGGAGAAGUACGGGCUCCUGGUGGGCGGGGCCAAGGCCCACCGCUAUGACCUAGGGGGGCUAGUGAUGGUGAAGGACAACCACCUGGUGGCAGCCGGAGGCGUGGAAAAGGCGGUUCGGGGGGCGCGGCAGGUGGCCGACUUCGCCCUGAAGGUGGAGGUGGAGUGCGGCAGUCUGCAGGAGGCUGUGGAGGCAGCCGAGGCGGGAGCGGACCUCGUUCUGCUGGACAACUUCAAGCCGGAGGAGCUGCACCCCACGGCCGCAGCGCUGAAGGCUCGCUUCCCGGGUGUGGGCGUGGAGGCCAGCGGGGGCAUCACGCUGGUCAACCUCCCUCGGUUCUGCGGGCCCCACAUCGACGUCAUCUCUCUGGGGAUGCUGACCCAGGCUGCCCCCGCCCUGGAUUUCUCCCUCAAGCUGUUUGCUGAAGGGACUGCUCCAGUGUACCCUGCCUUACCUUAGCUCAUCGACUUCUCCCUCUAAUCCUGCCCUGCCCAUGGGUAUGCUCUCUCUUAAAUAAAAUCUUUUAAAAAGAAA